AUGAAAGGUGGUGGUGGUGGCGCUAGGGAGGUUGGCGAUGGUGUUUGGGAUGCAGAUGGUUGGCUUGAGGUGAUUGGGGUUGAUGUUGUGAUGGGUGAGGAUGCUGAGGAUGCUGAGGAAGCAGCGGGAGUCGAUUCCGAGGGAGAAACAGUAGAAGACUCGGUAGGAGCAGAAGAUGACGGAGAGACAGCGGAAGAAACAGUGGGAAUGGAAGAAGGCAAAGGUACUGCGGACUCUUGGGGCGAUGAAGUCAUGGCGGGAGCAGGUGAGGAAGUCGAAGGUGCAGACUCCUCAGAUGAAGUGGUAGCAGGAGCAGGCGAAGAAGAGGCGGGCAUGGACUCUGGAGUGGAUGUAGACUCUGGUGCAGACGGAGUCUCAAGAGGAGGUUCAGCUUUCAUAGUUGAAGUCUCCACCAUACUAGUCGGAGCAACCGCCUCUGGGGUGACUGUUGAAAAGAGAGUGAAAGAGAAUCCAGCAUCUAGUGUCGGCGCCUCAGCAGCUGACGUCGUGCUUGUCCUUGAGAUCUUGGAAGUAAUGUAG